CCAGUAGAUCAGCGAGCCAGGUUACCGGUGACUCCGGGAAUCAAUUCAGCGCCGGUAGCCCAGCGAACAAGUACUUCACCCUCACAAUAUUGCACCUUUAGUCAGCCUGAUCUAAUAUUGGUCAGGCUGGUCCCGCAGGACUGAUUACAACUCGACUAGCAACUAUCACCAGACAGCUGAAGGAAAUCAUGUCCCAUGAAGAUAUCAUACUGACCGUUACCUUUCGUGGGACAUCACACACUGUUUCCCUUCCGAAUGACGCCUCCCUCUCUGCUCUCCACUCCCGUCUCGAGCUCCUCACUUCUGUUCCGCCAUCAUUGCAGAAACUCAUUUAUAGAGGAAAGAAAAUCCAGCAUCAACAGGAUGACUCCAAUCCAGAACCCACCAUUGCCCAAGCAGGUCUUCGCGAUGGCCUCAAAGUGCAAAUGCUUGGCUCGACAGUAGAAGAACUCGGACAACUGAAUGCAGCUGACUCGGCACAUCAGAAGAAAGAGCAAAUUCUUAGAGAGAGGGCGCUGAAGCCACAGGUAAAGCUUCGUUCGACAGGCUCAUCAUCUAUUUCGUCACACCAGUACCGCUUUCACCGUAUAGAACCGCUCACCCAUCUGCCGCGACCUGAAACAGCGACGGAGUGUCUCACAACGCUUUCCAAGGACCCUGCAGUCCUACAUGUCAUGCAGAAGCAUCAUUUUUCUGUGGGCUUGCUUACCGAGCUUGCACCACAUGAGCAUCCCGGACUUUUAGGUCUCAAUGUCGGGAGUGGAGCUACCAUCAAGCUGCGAAUUCGGCUUGACACAUAUGAUGGAUUUCGUCCGUACUUGGAGGUCAGACGCGUGUUGUGCCAUGAACUGGCACACAAUGUAUGGGGCGAACACAACAAUGAUUUCAAAGAGCUGAAUUCUCAGCUCAAUCGUGAGGUUGCAGAAUUUGAGGCUGCAACAGGAGCAGGAACACAUCAACUUUCUGAUUUACGAGACGCCUAUCAGCCAUCGUCGGAUGAAGAAGUAGAGGCACUUAUUCACGUUCUAGGAGGCACAGGCCUUCGAGGUAACGAUACCACGGAAGAUCGUCGGAAAAAGGCACUGGAAGCUGCCACAGCACGCCUUAGGAACGAAGAGGAGCUAGAACGGAGCUGCGGGACUUCUGGGCCGCAGAAACAAUCUGGAUAACAGCUGUGUCGAUGGUGACCGCAUUAAUUUCACGGAUGAUUAAGCUAGGGAUGGUUGUUUGAAUCUGAUGAUACUUUACUUCUGGGCUAGUGAACUUGCAUAUGCUCUCGAAACUUCUGAUCAGAGAAUAAUAGUCUUACAAUAUUGGCACCCAAUGAAUUACAAGGUGGUCGGGUAUUCUCCUUCGCAAACAUUUGCUCAC